UAUAUAUUUAUACGUACAGUAUAUGCUUUUAGAUUUUAAAAUCCACGUAAACUUCAGUGGCCACGUUUAAAGUGUUUCUCUGACCUGACCUUCGUAAGCAUGGCGCCUUAGCAACAAGGUCACCUGAUUGAUUUGAUUUGGUCUUUGGAUCUCAUUUCUCAUCUUUUAUCUGUUAAGGAACAAUUCCAUAAAAAUGUCAAAGAAGCCAAGUCCUAAGUCGCCUAAAAGCCCCAAAAGUCCAAUAUCCCCUCGACCUCCAAGUGGCAAACCUAAAAGUGCAGGAUCCUCCCGAAAUCGCUCUUCCAAGGUCAGAGCAACACCAACGCCUCAGGAUGCAGGCACUGAAAAACAGGAACCCACUGAAACACAAGAAAUAGAAGUUCCAGAGGAGGUCCCACAACCAGUUGAAAUCCCUGAAGAGACUCCUGUUGACAUAAUUGAAGAACCAGACUUGAAGCCCUUGAUUAAAAGCAGGAUUGUUUUAAGUGGCCUAAAAGAUGACAUGUGGACUGAAGAACAUGACCAAAUCCUUGACCGUUUCAUCAAAGAAGAAGCUUUGAGAGUCCUGAUUGUUCAUAUAGAUCCCUACAUUGGACUUAGAGUAGACUUUUCAGUCCCAGCUCAGAUUGUAGACCAGCUGGCAUACUUCAUCCGUAAAGAAGGAAAGGUGAUCACAGUGGAAGAGUUUGAGACUAUAGUACAGUUUGGUUCAGUGCGUGGGCCAUACAUAGAAAGCGUCCUGCGGUUCAUGAAUGGGAUUUGUGCUCAGCAGAUCUUUGAUAAUACAACUUGGCCACAAAGUAUCAAAAACAGCCUCUCCACUCAACUGGACCGCUACCUUACCAGUCUUACAGAUGUUCUCUUUAAGUCAAAAGGACAAACAGUUCUGUACAUUCCAGUGGAGGUUCUACAGUAUAACCCUCAAACAGCAUCAAAGGAUAAAGAGCUUGUCCUUAGAAUGGAGAUUGUUGUGAUUCACUGGACCCGUCAAAUUAAGGAAGUCUUGAGUGCCCAGGAAGCUGUAGAGCGAGGUGACAACUCAGGGGUGUUGGAAGAAAUCGACUUCUGGAAGAAUCGCUGUGCCGACCUGUCUGGAAUCAGUGAGCAGCUUAAUAAACCUGGAGUUCAGCACAUCCAAGCCAUCCUGGAGCUCUCCAAAUCGUCAUACUUGGGACCAUUUCGGAAACUCUCCAAGCAAAUUCAGGAUGGUUCGAUGCAAGCCCAAUCAAAUCUUUUAUUCCUUUCUAUUCUUCGGGAACCAUGUGAAGAGCUGGCCAAUCUUAAGCCUCAUGAGAUCCCUGAAAAGCUGCCUAAGCUGCUGAGUUUAAUACGAAUCAUUUGGGUGAACUCUCAGCACUACAACACACGGGAGCGCAUAACAUCACUUUUCCGAAAGGUGAGCAAUGAUAUCAUCCGACUGUGCUGCAAAGAGAUAUCCCUGGACCGUUUUUUUGAAGGGUACACUGUAGAAAGUGAAAAGAACUUCAACGACUGUAUUUACUGCUGUCAGGCAUGGAAAGAACAUUACCUUCAUGUCUCACAGCUUCAUCAUAGGUGCUCACAAAAAGGCUGGGUUUUGGAUCAGACGAGCAUUUUUGCACAGAUUGAUGCCUUUAUUCAGCGCUGUAAGGAUCUGCUGGAGGUGUGUGAAUGCCAGAGGCUCUUUGCCAGGUGGGAGAAUGGCAAUAAGACACCUAUGCCCUGCUUUGGUGGUCAUAAAGGGCCAGAGAUUGCUCGUACCAUGCUGGAGAUUGAAGGCACAUUUGAAAAAAACCUGCAGAUCCUUAAAGCUGUUAAAAAGACAAUCCUGGAUGUGAAGAAUACCUCCUGGCAUGAUGACUAUAACAGGUUUCGCUCUGGUAUCAAGGACCUAGAGGUCAUGAUGCAGAACCUUAUUAACAUGGCAUUUGAGACGGUGUGUUCAGUUGAGCAUGGAGUAGAGCUACUAGAUGUCUUCCAGCACCUAUCUUCAAGAGAGGCUAUCAAGCGCGCCAUCGACAAAAAGACGGUGGAUGUUUAUGCUAUGUAUAAUGAUGCCCUCAAUCUGGUUAACAAAGAGUUAAGCAAGAAGAUAUGCACCUUGCCACCGCAUAUGCCCCACUUCGCAGGCCAGGCACACUGGGGCAGAGCAUUGCGUCGCUGUAUUGAGAGGCCCAUGGAGGUUCUUGCUAAAGCACACUUCAUUCCAAAUAUUGGAACGGGUGAGGAAGUACGAGCAUCCUAUCAACAGCUGGUGCAGAUUCUUGAUGAUAUGGUUCGCAAGAUCUUCACCGAGUGGAAUCAGACCUUAGAUAAAAACAACCUGAAGAGACUGGAAAUGCCUCUGAUGACACGUAGUCAAGAGAAAACUGGUUUGAUGCAAGUCAACUUUGAUAAAGAUCUCCUCAAAAUGUUUAAUGAGAUUCACUACUGGCAGCGUCUUUACUUUGAAGUCCCACACUUUGUGAUGCCAAUUUACCAUCGCAGAGAUGACCUAAGGACCCUUCGGGAGAGUGUGCUGCUUGUGGUUCGAGAUUAUAACCGGAUCAUUGAGGCUUUAUCUCCUGAAGAGAUAGGAUUGUUCCGUGAACGCAUCCGCUUCCUCGACAAAAAGAUCCAGCCUGGAUUGUCCAAAUUACUUUGGUCAACUAAAGGUGUAUCAAAUUUAUUCAUCACUGAGUGCAGGUUUCAUGCUGGGAAGGUCCAGGCAAUUGUAGAUGAAUACAAGGCUGCAAAUGCUAUGAUUUCUCGCAAUGCUUGUCAGAUCAGCGAACUACUCUUGGUGUGCAUAGAUAGAAAACGCAUCUAUAAGGACUUGGAAUUUGAGGAGGAUCAGUUGACGCAUCAAGAGAGAGUCCAGCAGCGGUUGAAGGGCAUACACAAUGACAUUGUUGGCAUAAUGAGUCGAGUAUAUGAGACCUUCAAAUCAGAUGGCCCAGAGGUUCAACAGUACUGGGUUGGCUACACUGAGAAGAUGGACCGUAUGAUGGAGGAAGCUUUCAGGCUUAAUGUAAAAUGGUCUCUGCAGGAGCUGUCCAAAGCUAUUAAUGGAGACAGCAAGACCACCCCUAAUCCUUUGUUUAGAGUCAUGGUGGUACUGCACAAUGACAUCCCUGGUUCUGUUGCUCAGGUGGAGUUUUCUCCCACGCUAAUCAAACUAGCAAAUGUUGUGAACAGCAUCAGCAAGCAACUCAUCAGUACCAUCUCCACAAUCAAACGUCUCCCUGACUUGCUCACUCCAAGGAGAUCUCAGCGCGACCCUAUUUAUGUCAUCAUAGAGCGUGAUGAAGAUAUUAAGAAAAUUCAAGGACAGAUCGGUUCAGGCAUGUCUUCUAAUGCCAGCCUCCUACAGACCUACCAGAAAAUUUGGGACAAGUACCGUGAAAUAUGGGAGAUCAACAAGGAUUCUUUCAUUCGAAGAUACCAGCGUCUCAACCCUCCAGUCUCUUCCUUUGACGCUGAUAUUGCCAGUGUCAGUAAGCCUCCACAGACUCUGAUGGAGCUAGGAGACAGUCUGAAACUCUUGGAGUUGCUACAGUCUGAGUUGACAAAGACAGAGGGACGGAUUCCACCCAUCCAUGAGCAAUUUGCCAUCCUGGAAAAGUAUGAAGUCCCCAUAAGUGAGGACGUUCAGCAGAUGUUGGAAGUGCUGAACAGUGAAUGGGUCUCCUUCCAACAGUGCAUAAUAGAUUCAGAAGUAAUGCUAAACAGAGACAAGGAGAGGUUCAAGGCUGAACUGAUCGGCUCAGCAGAAGAAUUUAAGAAGAAGGUGUAUGCACUUGUGGAUGAGUUUGGACAUACAGGCCCAUUCACCAGCACAGUGGCUACGGCUGCAGCUCUGGAAAAGAUCAGCAUUACACGCAGCCAGCUCAAUGGUCUCAAAGAAGAGGAAUCCGUUAUUCGAAGUGGCUUAAGCAUUUUCAAAAUCGAGCAACCUGCCUCAAAGGAAAUUCAGGCACUGGACCAUGACUUAGACUAUCUGCAGCAGACCUGGGAAAUCACAAAGGAAUGGGAAGACCACUGGAAUUUGUGGAAGUCGGGCGAGUUUCACACCUUGCAAACAGACAUCAUGGAAGCGAUGGCCCAGGGGUUGUUUAAGAAGUUGCACCGCCUUAGCCGUGAGCUCAAGGAAAAGAACUGGGAAAUCGUUGAAACGUCAAAGAGUAAAAUUGACCAGUUCAAGCGAACGAUGCCACUCAUUUCAGAUCUCCGGAACCCCGCUAUGAGGGAACGACACUGGAAUCAAAUCAAGCAUGAAGUUCAGCGGCCCUUUGAUCAGACUAGCAGUGAUUUUACUCUAGAGAAAAUUGUGGCAUUGGGACUUGAACAACACUCCGAAAAGAUCAAUGAAAUCUCAGGUGCCGCUAGUAAAGAGCUGUCAAUUGAACAGUCUCUUGAGGCAAUUGCUAAAACAUGGCAGAGUAUAAUUUUGGAGAUAGCACCUUACAAAGAUAAGGGCCAUCACAGACUAAAGGGGACAGAUGAUGUGUUCCAGGCACUAGAAGAUAACCAGGUGACUCUGUCCACAAUGAAGGCUUCUCGAUUUGUAAAAGCAUUUGAGCAAGAAGUAGAUCACUGGGAACGAUGUCUGUCUCUCAUUCUAGAAGUGACUGAAAUGAUUCUCAUUGUGCAAAAACAGUGGAUGUAUCUUGAGAACAUCUUUCUUGGUGAAGACAUCCGCAAACAGUUACCACAAGAGUCUGCUGAAUUUGACUCUGUCAACUUCAGCUGGAAGACUAUCAUGGAUCGGUUGAAGGCAGAUAAUAAUGCACUUAGAGGGACUCAUCAUCCAGGCCUGCUAGAAAAGCUGACUGAGAUGAACACCAAGUUGGAAGAGAUCCAGAAAUCUCUGGACAUGUACCUGGAGACCAAGCGUCAGAUCUUCCCACGUUUCUACUUCCUUUCCAAUGAUGAUCUGCUGGAGAUCUUGGGCCAGUCUCGCAACCCUGAAGCAGUGCAGCCACACAUGAAGAAGUGCUUUGACAAUAUCAAGAGCUUGAAGAUCCAGAAGCUUGGAAUUGGAAACAGAUUUGAGGCAUUUGGGAUGUUCUCUGCUGACGGAGAGUAUAUUGACUUUGUCCAUCCUGUAUUGCUGGAGGGUCCUGUGGAGGCUUGGCUUUGUGAUGUUGAGAGGACCAUGCGGUGGACUCUAAAGGACUCUCUUAAAAACUGCUGCCAGGCUCUGAAGAAAAUGACUGGAAAACGAGACAAAUGGGUCAAGGAUUGGCCAGGACAGAUGCUAAUCACCUCUAGUCAAAUCCAAUGGACAACUGAUGUCACCAAGUCUUUGAUCACCACCAAAGAGAGAGCAGACAAAGGAGCCCUAAAAAGCCUGAGAAAAAAGCAGGUGUCAAUGCUUAACAAGUACUCAGAAGCAAUUCGGGGAAACCUGGCAAAAAUUAUGCGUCUGAAAAUCGUGGCGCUAGUGACAGUGGAAGUUCAUGCCAGGGAUGUCCUUGAUAAAUUGGUCAAGUCAGGCUGCAUGGAUGUGACUGCGUUUGAGUGGCUCAGUCAGCUCCGACUUUACUGGGACAAGGAUGUCGACGACUGUGUAAUCAGACAGACUAACACUCAUUUCCAGUAUGGGUAUGAGUAUCUGGGCAACUCUGGACGCUUAGUCAUUACACCGCUUACUGACAGGUGCUACAUGACUUUAACCACAGCGCUGCACCUACACCGUGGAGGGUCUCCUAAAGGCCCAGCAGGCACUGGGAAGACAGAAACGGUGAAAGACUUAGGAAAGGCUCUUGGAAUGUAUGUCAUUGUCGUCAAUUGCUCAGAGGGGCUCGACUUCAAAUCCAUGGGCCGAAUGUACUCAGGACUGGCUCAGACGGGUGCUUGGGGCUGCUUUGAUGAAUUCAACCGCAUCAACAUUGAGGUGCUGUCUGUGGUGGCACAACAGAUCCUAUCCAUCUUAUCAGCUCUCUCAGCUAACCUUCAGCGUUUUGUCUUUGAGGGUCGAGAGAUUAAUUUAGUUUGGUCAUGCGGCAUCUUCAUCACAAUGAACCCAGGAUAUGCUGGCCGUACUGAGCUUCCAGAUAACCUUAAAUCCAUGUUCAGGCCCAUCUCCAUGGUUGUUCCAGAUUCCACACUGAUUGCAGAGAUCAUUCUCUUUGGAGAAGGCUUCAAUAACUGCAAGAUCUUGGCAAAGAAGGUGUUCACCCUGUAUUCUCUGGCUGUGCAGCAGCUCUCUAAGCAGGAUCAUUAUGAUUUUGGACUCCGAGCUCUCACCUCUUUGUUGCGUUAUGCUGGCAAGAAGCGACGUGUCAGGCCUGAUGUCUCUGAUGAAGAGAUUCUUUUGAUGUCAAUGAAGGACAUGAACAUUGCCAAGCUGACUUCAGUGGAUCUGCCUUUAUUCAAUGCCAUCAUCCAAGAUCUCUUCCCGGGUGUGGAAACGCCUACAAUUGACUAUGGGAAGUUAAGAGAGACCAUUGAAUCUGAGCUGCGGUCAGUUGGGCUUCAAAUCACCCGUUUCACACUGACUAAAGUAAUCCAGUUGUAUGAAACCAAGAACUCUCGACACUCCACCAUGAUUGUGGGCAAGACAGGCAGUGGCAAGUCAGUUACAUGGAAGAUACUAAAGGCGGCCCUCAGCACACUGCAGCACAAAGGAGAACCUGGAUACAAUGCUGUCAGGGACUUUCCCUUGAACCCUAAAGCCAUAACCCUUGGAGAGCUCUAUGGCGAAUAUAACCUAGCAACAAAUGAGUGGACAGACGGCGUGCUCUCCAGUCUGAUGAGAGUUGCUUGUGCAGAUGAAAAACCUGAUGAGAAGUGGAUUGUGUUUGAUGGUCCGGUGGACACACUGUGGAUUGAGAGCAUGAAUUCGGUGAUGGAUGACAAUAAGGUGCUGACCCUUAUUAACGGAGAAAGGAUCUCCAUGCCUGAGCAGGUUUCUCUCCUUUUUGAGGUUGAAGACCUGGCCGUAGCCUCUCCAGCAACAGUGUCCCGUUGUGGGAUGGUCUACACAGAUUAUUCAGAUUUGGGGUGGAAACCCUAUGUUCAGUCCUGGAUCGAGAAGCGUGCAAAGCCUGAAGUGGAAUACCUCCAGCACCUUUUUGAAAAGUUUAUUGAGAAGGUUUUACUGUUUAAAAAGGCUAAUUGCAAAGAGUUAGUAAAGAUUGCCGAGUUUAAUGGUCUCAUCUCCCUCUGCAAACUAUAUGAAACUUUGGCCAUACCAGAAAAUGGGGUGAACCCAAAUGACUCUGAAAACUAUGGCCGCAUGAUUGAGCUGUGGUUUAUCUUCUGUAUGAUCUGGUCAGUAUGUGCUGCCGUUGAUGAGGACAGCAGGAAAAAGAUGGAUGGUUUCCUAAGAGAGAUGGAAGGAACUUUCCCCAACAAGGACACUGUCUAUGAAUAUUAUGUUGAUGUCAAAAACAAAACAUGGAGCUCAUUUGAAGACAAACUUCCAAAAGGCUGGCGAUACAACCAAAAUGCUCCGUUCUAUAAGAUAAUAGUGCCCACUGUGGACACGGUGCGUUACAACUUCCUGGUUAAUGCCUUAGUGUCCAACCAGUGUCCAGUACUUUUGGUUGGUCCAGUCGGAACAGGAAAAACAUCAGUUGCCCAGAAUGUCCUUCAGUCUUUGGAUGCCACCAAAUGGUCUGUACUGUCCAUCAACAUGUCUGCUCAGACAACAUCAAAUAAUGUUCAAGAAAUUAUCGAGAGCCGCAUUGAGAAGAGAACUAAAGGGAAUUAUGUCCCUAUUGGAGGAAAGAAGCUAAUCACAUUUAUGGAUGAUCUCAACAUGCCUUGCAAAGACACCUUUGGCUCCCAGCCUCCUCUGGAGCUCAUCCGACUCUGGAUAGAUUAUGGUUUCUGGUAUGACCGGCAAAAGCAAACUGUUAAAAAUGUCAAGGAUAUGUUUCUCCUGGCUGCCAUGGGCCCCCCUGGUGGUGGAAGGACUGAAAUAUCAGGACGACUGCAGAGCCGAUUCAAUCUCAUCAAUAUGACUUUCCCAAAUGAGUCUCAAAUUAGUCGUAUCUAUGGUACCAUGAUCAAUCAGAGACUGCAAGAUUUUGCAGAAGAAGUAAAGCCUAUUGGCAAGGUGAUCACCCAGGCCACCAUAGAGAUCUACAACAACGUUGUGCAGAAGUUUCUACCUACACCGGCUAAGAUUCACUACCUGUUCAACCUGCGAGACAUUUCUAAAGUCUUCCAGGGACUGCUACGUGUUCACAAGGACUUUCAUGAUACCAAGCAGAGCAUCAUACGGUUGUGGAUACAUGAAUGCUUCAGAGUGUUCUCAGACCGGCUGGUGGACCAGAGUGAUAUGGAAACUUUCAUUGGGAUGCUGAGUGAGAAGCUGGGGUCACUUUUCAACCUGACAUACCACAGCAUUUGUCCAAACAAGCAGCCGCCCACAUUUGGGGAUUUUAUUCGUGAGCCAAAGGUAUAUGAGGAUUUAACUGAUUUCAAAGCCCUGAAGCUGUUUAUGGAGAGGCAACUGGAAGAUUAUAACCUGACGCCUGGCGUCGUCCCCAUGAACAUGGUAUUGUUCAGGGAUGCCAUUGAGCACAUUACUCGCAUUGUCCGGGUGAUCGGCCAGCUGCGUGGAAACAUGCUUCUAAUUGGCAUCGGUGGCUCAGGCAGGCAAAGCCUCUCCCGUCUGUCUUCCUACAUCUGCGACUACAAAGUCUUUCAGAUUGAGGUCACCAAGCAUUACCGCAAGCAGGAGUUCAGAGAGGAUAUUAAAAAACUUUACCGUCAAGCUGGUGUGGACAAUCGCCCUACUGUAUUCCUCUUUACGGAUACUGAGAUUGUCGAUGAGACGUUUCUGGAAGACAUCAACAAUAUACUGAGUUCGGGCGAGGUGCCUAACCUUUAUAAGGCUGACGAGUUUGAGGAGAUUCAGACUGCUCUCUCAGAUGCAGCCAAAGCCGAUAAUAUUCCAGAGACCCCUGACAACAUUUUCAGCUACCUGGUCGAGAGAGUGAAGAAUAACCUUCACAUUGUUCUGUGCAUGAGCCCCGUAGGAGAUCCCUUCAGAAAUCGAAUUCGACAGUAUCCAGCUUUGGUGAACUGCACCAGCAUUGAUUGGUUCUCUGAAUGGCCUAAAGAUGCUCUUCUUGAAGUGGCAGAGAAAUACCUGGAGGGGGUGUCCUUAGGAACAGAGGAAGGGGUCAAUAACAGAGUACCUCAAGUAUUUGUCACCAUUCAUCAAUCAGUUGUUGAAUACUCAGAGAAGAUGAAGAUGGAAAUAAGAAGACAGAAUUAUGUCACCCCUACAAACUACCUGGAACUAGUGUCAGGAUACAAGAAGUUGUUGGCUGAGAAACGAAAGGAACUUGGAGACCAGGUGAACAAGCUGAGGAACGGCCUCUUCAAGAUUGACGAAACACAAAUUAAAGUGGCUGCCAUGUCUCUGGAAUUGGAGGAAGCCAAAAGGAAAGUGGCAGAGUUUCAGAAGCAAUGCGAAGAGUUCCUGGUGAUCAUAGUGCAGCAGAGACGAGAAGCAGAUGAGCAGCAGAAGACUGUGACGGCCCACAGUGAAAAGAUCAGCGUUGAAGAAGUCAAAUGUAAAGCCAUGGCAGACAAUGCUCAGAAGGAUCUGGACGAGGCAAUGCCAGCACUGGAGGAAGCCAUGAAGGCUUUAGAGUCACUUAACAAAAAGGACAUGACAGAAAUCAAAUCAUAUGGCCGACCGCCUGUCUUGGUGGAAAAAGUCAUGCAAGCUGUGAUGAUCUUGAUAGGCGUUGAUCCCACAUGGGCUGAAGCCAAGAGACAGCUAGGUGAGCCAAACUUCAUUAAACAGCUCGUCAACUUUGACAGGAAUAACAUUUCAGACAGGGUGUUGAAGAAGAUUGGCCAGUACUGCACCCAGCCUGACUUUCAGCCUGAUAUCAUUGGACGUGUCUCCCUUGCUGCCAAGUCUCUUUGUAUGUGGGUUCGUGCCAUGGAGGUCUAUGGACGUAUCUACCGGGUGGUGGAGCCUAAACAGUUAAGGCUGGAGUCAGCAAAGUCACAGCUGGCAGAGAAGCAGGCGGCUCUAGCUGAAUCACAAGCAAAACUGAAAGAGGUUGGAGAAAAACUGGAACUGCUUAAGAAGCAAUAUGAAGAGAAAUCCACCCAAAAGGAAGAGCUUCGCAAAAAGUCGGAAGAAAUGGAGAUCAAGCUAGAUCGGGCUGAUAAACUAGUCACUGGGCUGGCAGGCGAGAAGAUACGUUGGGAGAGUACUGUCAAGGAUUUGGAAGAAAGCAUGGGGUACUUGGUUGGAGACUGUUUAAUGGCAGCCGCCUUCCUCUCCUACAUGGGGCCUUUCCUGUCCAAUUAUAGAGAAGAGAUAGUUGUUAACAUUUGGAUGAAACAGAUCCGAGCACUCACUGUGCCCACCUCACCAAACUUUAACUUUGCCAACUUCCUGUCCAAGCCAACAGUGGUCCGAGAAUGGAACAUCCAAGGAUUGCCAUCUGAUGCCUUCUCCACUGAGAAUGGGGUCAUUGUUACUCGGGGCAACAGAUGGCCUCUGAUGAUUGACCCUCAAGGACAAGCUCAAAAAUGGAUCAAGAACAUGGAAAAUUCUAAGGGGCUGAAGAUUAUCGAUUUGCAAAUGCCCGAUUUUAUGCGCACACUGGAGAAUGCAAUUCAGUUUGGUUCGCCUGUCCUCUUACAGAAUGUGCAGGAGGAGUUGGAUCCAUCCCUGGCCCCAGUCCUCAAUAAGUCUGUCACCAAAAUCGGUGGCCGUUUGCUGAUCCGGCUGGGAGAUAAGGAGGUGGAGUACAGUCCUGAGUUCCGUUUCUACAUCACCACCAAGCUGUCAAACCCUCACUACACGCCCGAAAUAUCCACCAAAACCACCAUCGUCAACUUUGCAGUCAAGGAGCAGGGUCUGGAGGCACAGCUGCUUGGCAUUGUGGUACGUAGGGAGCGACCAGAACUUGAAGAACAGAAGGAUUCUCUGGUUAUCAACAUAGCCUCAGGCAAGAAGAAACUGCAGGAAUUAGAAGAUGAAAUCUUACGGUUGCUGAAUGAGGCCACCGGUUCCCUUUUGGAUGAUGUUCAGCUGGUAAACACCUUGCAGACCUCUAAAGUGACCGCAACUGAGGUGGCUGAACAGCUGGAGACCAGUGAGCAAACGGAAAUCAAGAUCGAUACUGCCAGAGAGGCAUAUCGGUCAUGUGCUCAACGGGCAUCAAUCCUCUUUUUUGUCCUCAACGACAUGGGCCGCAUUGACCCAAUGUACCAGUUCUCUCUGGACACCUACAUCGAUCUGUUUAACCUGAGCAUUGAGAAAAGCCCACGCAACUACAAGCUUGAGGAGAGGAUCAGUAAUCUCAAUGACUACCACACCUAUGCUGUAUACAGGUAUACGUGUAGAGGCCUUUUUGAGCGUCACAAGCUGUUGUUCAGCUUCCAAAUGUGUUCUAAGAUCCUAGAAGUGGCUGGCAAACUCAACAAAGAUGAAUACAACUUCUUUCUCCGUGGAGGAGUGGUGCUGGACAGAGAAGACCAGAUGGAUAAUCCUUGCACAUCCUGGUUGGCAGAUGCAAACUGGGACAACAUCACAGAACUGGACAAGCUGGCUAACUUCCAUGGCAUCAUGAACUCCUUUGAGCAGUACCCACGAGACUGGCAUUUGUGGUACACCAGUGCAGAACCCGAGAGUGUAACUCUUCCAGGUGAAUGGGAAAAUGCCUGCAAUGAGCUUCAAAGAAUGUUAAUAGUUCGCUCAUUACGGCAAGACAGAGUGGCAUUCUGCGUCACUUCCUUCGUCAUAAACAACCUGGGCUCCAAAUUUGUUGAACCUCCUGUACUGGAUAUGAAGUCGGUGGUGGACGACUCGAGCACAAAGACUCCUCUCAUUUUUGUGCUGUCCCCAGGAGUGGAUCCUACCUCUGCACUGCUCCAGCUGGCUGAAAAGUCUGGCAUGGCACAACGAUUCCAUGCCCUGUCACUGGGGCAAGGCCAGGCUCCCAUCGCAACUCGCAUGAUUAAAGAAGGAGUUAAGAGCGGUCACUGGGUUUUCCUGGCCAACUGUCAUCUUUCACUUUCCUGGAUGCCCCAGUUGGACAAGCUGGUUGAACAUCUCCAAGUGGAAGAACCUCAUCCUGACUUCAGACUGUGGUUGAGCUCCAGUCCGCACCCUGAUUUUCCCAUUUCCAUUUUGCAAGCGGGCAUCAAAAUGACCACUGAGCCACCAAAGGGCUUGAAGGCAAACAUGAAGCGCCUGUACCAUCUGAUUACUGAGCAGCAGUUUGCCCGCUGCACAAAGCCACCCAUGUACAAGAAGCUGCUGUUCUCUCUGUGCUUCUUCCAUAGUGUGCUGCUAGAGAGAAAGAAGUUCCUUCAGCUCGGCUGGAAUAUUGUAUAUGGCUUUAAUGACUCUGAUUUUGAGGUUUCUGAAAAUCUCUUGAGCCUCUACCUAGAUGAGUAUGAAGAGACUCCUUGGGAUGCACUCAAAUACCUCAUUGCCGGGGUUAACUAUGGAGGCCAUGUGACAGACGACUGGGACAGGCGCCUUCUCAGCACAUACAUCAAUGACUAUUUCUGUGAGCAGGCCGUUGCAGCACCUUAUUUCCAGCUUUCUUCUUUGUCUACAUAUUAUAUCCCAAAGGAUGGAACCAUUGUGUCUUAUCGGGAAUACAUCAGCAUGCUGCCCAACAUGGAUCAUCCGGAAGCAUUCGGCCAGCAUCCAAAUGCAGAUAUUGCCAGCCAGAUCACAGAGGCCCGCACUCUUUUUGAGACACUGUUGUCUCUACAACCCCAGAUUACUGUACCCUCAGGGGGCACUGGGCAAAGCCGAGAGGAGAAGGUGUUGGAGCUCUCUGCUGAUGUUCGCCAGAAAAUUCCAGAUGAGCUUGAUUAUGAAGGCAUACGCACAAUGCUGGCAGAUGACACCUCACCCUUGAACGUGGUGCUGCUCCAGGAGAUCCAGCGCUAUAAUGCCCUGCUCUGCACCAUCAAAUCUUCUUUGAUUGAACUCGAGAAAGGAAUCCAGGGCCUGGUUGUCAUGUCUGCAGACCUGGAAGAGACAUUCAACUACAUCUAUGAUGCCAGAGUGCCACCCUUAUGGGAAAGAGCAUACCCAUCUCUAAAGCCUUUGGGCUCUUGGACUCGCGAUCUGGUCCAUCGGGUAGAGCAGUUCUCCAAAUGGGCAGAGACCACCCAUCCUCCUGUGCUUUUCUGGUUGUCAGGCUUCACUUUCCCAACAGGAUUUCUGACUGCUGUGCUCCAGGCCUCUGCAAGGCAGAAUAAUAUUUCAGUCGACACGCUGUCAUGGGAGUUCAUUGUUUCAACAGUGGAUGACAACAACUUACUUUACCCUCCAAAGGAUGGUGUUUUUGUAAAAGGCCUCUAUCUAGAGGGUGCCGGCUGGGACAAGAAGAACUCCUGCCUUGUGGAAGCUGAACCCAUGCAGCUCGUCUGCCCUAUGCCCACAAUACACUUUCGUCCAGUUGAAAAGAAAAAAAGUGGCAAAGGUAUUUACUCCUGCCCUUGCUAUUAUUUCCCCAAUCGGGCAGGAGCAGCCGGCCGAGCUUCCUUUGUAGUUGGAGUGGACCUUAAAGCAGGAGCCAUGACAGCUGACCACUGGAUCAAGAGGGGAACAGCAUUGCUGAUGAGUCUGGACACAUGAGAUGCUUGCCAUCAAGACGUACAACAAACUUUCUUAACUGUACACUCACACAACCAGCCAAGUGGAGAAGUCCCACUCUUGGUCAAAUGGUCUGUAAGUUGGGUAAACCCCACAUGUCCACAGCACAUUAAAUGCAGUCCUGGUAUGCCAAACCACGUAAAGCGGAUCACCCAAGAGCCCCUCGUGAAUUCAAAGUCUAAACAGCGGCUUGUAAGCAUUUCUGGCUCCUAACUGACAUGAUUCAGCUGAGUAAAAUCACUACACCAGGUUAAAGGUCAGUGAACACCUCUGUGGCCAUCAACGCUGGUGACAUUUCAUUCAAAUUUCUGCUUUCUAAGGCACUUAGAGCCCCCUACCUUGUAAAUAUGCACUGUAAGCCAUGCAAAGUGGCCAGCCUGCCAGGCAGGUGCCAAGUACAUCACUCACAUAACACGGUGGUGACCAGAGGAGCAAAAGGGCACCCCCAAAACAGGCCCAUCCUGGUCGGCCUCACUUCUUUAUACUUUCUAUUCAUCAAUGUGGUGAUCUGAUGGACGUCUAGUGCUUUUUAUACCACGCUCUUUCAUUUAUUGUUUGAACUAAAAAUGCUUCUUACUAUAUCUUAUCUUUUAUAUAUAUAUAUAUAUAAAAAUACAU